AUGCCGCCCCGAAAGCGUCCGGCAGCGGCAGCUGCCCCGAAGUCGCCGCCCCGAAAACGUCCAGCCGCAGCAGCGUCACGCGGCGCCCGCAAGACCUCGAAGGUGAACUCGGCCUCAAACACUGCAGCAAAGAGCUUCGCAAUGGCUGAGCACUGGGAGGACUGGUGCUCAUUUUUGGAGACCGGUCGUCGGCGGCUCUAUUGCCGGUGCGAGGUUGGCUAUGAAGGCAUUCGCGGGGAGACCACCUACUAUUUUUUUGCCCCAGACAAAGAGACAAUCGCCAGGGAGUUGCUGAAGCACCCUGAUCUUGCAGCAAAAUUUGUUUGCAGCGAGGGUUACCCUACUGCCGCGUAUCAACGCUUCAAAGCGCGCCAUCCUGGAUUGGGAAAUGACUAUAGGCUGUCGGGCGAUGCAUUCAUGACGGCCUUGCGUGGGGAGCAGCCUGCAGACAUCAUCGAGAUCCUUUGUGAAUUUGAUGGCGAUGACGAUCAUGAGGGUCGGUUUGUGGAGAUGACGGAACUGAAGUACGAACACUUCUUGGACCGUGAGCUGUGCGUACGUGUGGCUUGUGCCAGGCGUCGCCUGGUGACGCAGGCAUUGCGCAACAAGGGUCUGGGCGUUGGCACAUGUGAUUGGGUGAAUCGAUUCCUUUAUCCGGCGGGGGCGGCGUCACUGCUGAUCAUCCCGCAGGAGAUGGGCUUCAAGCUCUUCCACGUGUGCCGCAGUUCUGGCUACCUCUCGGCUGAGUCCCGCUUCCUCUUCGCCCGCGACAAAGGCCACGCGAUGAAGCGCUUCCUGAUCAGCGAGGAAGAGCACAUCCGGAAGGCCCGAUCGACCUUCCUCUGCGAGCAUACUUUCUUGUACACUGAGAUGAUGAACCAGCUCAAGAAACUUGGUCUUGACUCUUUUCGUGAUCUCCUUGACAAGGGGGAUGUUGGCAGCUUUGCUACGCUAAGUUGCUCGUGUUUUCGCGCCGCCCUCAGAAGUAGGUCUCGGUGGAGAACCCUGGAGAGCGGCAAGCCCCGAAGUGGUGUCGAUGCUUUUGGAGUUUUUUUGUUUUCAGAUUUUGAAGUUUCUUUCACUUUAGUCUUCAAUGUUGCCAUCAGAAGCAUCCUUCAGCCAGGGCCAACAGAGGAUAUCUACCCUCGCAGAAGUUCGGCAGUUAUCAGAUGA